AUGGAAAGUGAUGAAAAUAAAAAGUGGCUGGAUGCAAUGCAUGAUGAGAUGAAAUCAUUGUAUGAUAAUCACACUUAUGAUUUAGUGAAGUUUCCUAAAGGCAAAAGGACUUUGGAAAACAAGUGGAUUUAUGGAGUUAAACAUGAGAGCAACUCUAAGUCUCUAAGGUAUAAAGCUAGAUUAGUGGUGAAAGAGAUGAGGAGGUUUUUGGUUUCUAGAACAAGUAUUGAGAAAGUGAAUGUUAAGCAACCGGAUGUCGAAGUAGAAGAAACGCCACCUAAUGUGGCCAAUGAUUUUAAUCCAAAUGAGAUUGUGUGUGAUCCAGGAUGUAGGAAACAAAUUCAUGAGUAUGCUCCGGAUAUUCAAGACCAAGUGAGGAGGGCAUAUAUAUUGAAGGGUCCAACGCAACCAGAUUUAGCAAGAUUUCCUCGUACUCAAUUUGGGAAGUAUUCAAGAGCAUUUUGUAAAGCAUGGUAUAAGAAUUAUACAUGGAUUGAAUACAGUGAGUCGAAGGAUGCAACUUAUUGUUUUUAUUGCUUUCUCUUUAAGCCGCCCGGGAGGGCCGAACACUUUGGUUAUGAAGUCUUCAACAAAGACGAAUUUAAGGAUUGGAAGCAUGCAUCUAAAGGCUUUAAAGAUCUUAUUGGUAGUCAUGAUAGUAAGCACAACUCAUGUGUGAAGCACUAUGAUGAUUAUAAUAAACAAAGACAAAGUUUGACAAGUAUCUUUGCUAGAGCAACUAGGGAAUCAGAAGAAUUGUAUAAGAUCCGUUUAACUUGUUCUUUAGAUUGUACUAGAUAUCUCUUAGCACAAGGCAAUGCUUUUCGUGGCCAUGAUGAAAUCUCUACUUCUCUAAACAAGGUAAAUUUUAGAGAGAUGGUGGAUUGGGUAAAAUCUAAUGAUGAAAAAGAUGCUUUUGAUCGUGGUCCAAAAAAUUGCACUAUGACUUCCGGUGACAUUCAAAAGGAGCUUGCAACGUGUUGUGCACAUGAAGUUACGAAGGUGAUUAUGUAA